AGGAGGAGGGAGCGCGCGGAGGAGUUCUGACCGUAAUCUCGCUGCCAGCAGCGGGUGAAACGGGUCGAAGACACCGCUGAAUCCACGGAGUGAAUGUGUCGAAGAUCCAACCUAGAACUAAGUUCACCGAGGAGUAAAACCGUGGAGACAGCGGGUCCAACAGACUGGAGGAAGCUGCGGAGAAACAUCGGGUCUUUUUGAAGGAAUAAUCUCAGAUUACGAAGAGGAACUGUCGAGUUGGAGAGAAAAUGAGCGCAGUGUUUCCUGCAGAUGUUCAGCAGAUACUACUGAACAGAGUAGAUGCUCCUGAGGAAUGGAGGCCUGAUGUGGACCAGCAGGACCCAGAACUCCUCCACAUCAAGGAGGAAGAGGAGGAACUCUGGAUCAGAUUGGAGGGAGAGCAGCUCAGUGCGAAGGAGGAGACUGAUGCCAGCAGGUUUUCAUUCACUGCAGUUCCUCUGAAGAGUGAGGAUGAAGAAGAGAAGCCUCUGUUCUCGCAGCUUCAUCAUCACCAAAUGGAGGACAGAGAUGUUCCAACCAGCAGCUCAGCUGACCAGAUGAAAGUUGAAGGUGAUGGAGAGGACUGUGGAGGAGCAGAAACCAGCAGGAACCCAGAUCUAAAUCCUCAUGGAGAUGCUUCCAGCUCUUCAGAGACUGAAGUCAGUGAGGAUGAUGAAGAAGACGAGGAUGAGAACAAUCCUGACUCUCAGCUGGAACACUUGUCAGACUCUGGGUCAGCAGCUGAAGACAGUGACAAAGACUGGAAGGAGAGCAGAGCUCCUGAGUCAGCUGUAAACUCUGUCAACAAAUGUUUCAGCUGCUCUGAGUGUGGCAAACAAUUUCUGCACAACCGGUCACUUCAGAGACACAUGACAUGUCAUUCAACAGGAAGACAUUCAAGUUGUUUGGAUCAGAAGAAAAGUGUAGAGACACACAGGAAAGUCCAGACAGGACCAAAAUCAUUUAGUUGUGAUGAAUGUGGUAAAAGAUUUAACAGAAAAGCACAUUUAAAAAUACACACAAGAGUCCACACCGGAGAGAAGCCAUUUGUAUGUGAGCAAUGUGGACAAAGACUUAGUCAGAAAAAAAGUUUAAUCUCACACAUGAGAGUUCACACUGGACAGAAACCAUUUGAAUGUGAGUUUUGUGGACACAGAUUUAGCCAGAAAACCAACUUAAACUCGCACAUUAAAGUCCACACUGGACAAAAACCAUUUGAAUGUGAGAUUUGUGGACAUAAAUGUAGCCGGAAAACAAGUUUAAACAUGCACAUGAGAGUCCACACAGGACAAAAACCAUUUGAAUGUGAAGUUUGUGGACAAAGAUAUACCCAUAAGAGUAGUUUAAUCUCACACAUGAGAGUCCACACAGGUCAAAGUCCGUAUGAAUGUGAGUUUUGUGGACAAAGAUUUAGGCAGAAGUCUAUUUUAAACAUUCACAUGAGAGUCCAUACUGGACAGAAACUACUUAAAUGUGAGUGUUGUGGACAAAGGUUCAGCCAUGAGAUAACUUUAAACCUACACAUGACUGUCCACACAGGACAGAUACCGUUUGAAUUUGAGGAUUGUUGACAAUCCAUUUAGAUUUAUUUAAACAGACACACAGAAGUCCACAUGAAACAAAGUGCUCCUUAGUUCCUCCUCCAGAAGUAAAACUUUAGGACUUUAGUCUAAACUUGAGUCUGCUUUUAAACACCUGAGAACCAACAAUGGACAGAAAACAGCUCAAAUGAUUAUUGGGCUG